AGGUACUCCCUCGUCAACAGGAUACAAAGACACAAAAUGGAGCUUACACUAUUACCUGGCUGAGGAAAAGUACACUUGCGCUCAAUAUUAUGCGUAUGCUUGAGUUAUUGUGUGUGUGUCUGAUUAAUUAUUAAUACUUAAGUCGACCGAGAAUCUGAGGAAAGAGAAUUAAAAAUGUUUUGGACGUUAGUCGUCGCUGCUUUAAUGGCGACAGAGUCCACUAUGGGCAUUUCGGUCCAGUGUCCUACCAAGAGGUACAUCGUCAUCCUCUUCCAGCCUGUCACUCUCACAUGUAACUACCAGACAACUGCAACCCAGCCUCCCGUUGUCACAUGGAAGUACAAGUCAUACUGCCGGGACCCGAUCCAGGCUGCACUCAAUCCCAGCAGUGCAGAAAACAUCCUUUCUCAAAACAACCCAAACUAUGACCCCAACAUCGAGUGUGCCGACAGCCAAAGGACAGUACGCAUAGUGGCCUCCAAGCAGGGCAAUGCAGUUACCCUUGGCACAGAAUACCAGGGGCGCAAGAUCAGCAUCCUAAACAAUGCAGACCUGAAUAUCGCGCAGACUGCUUGGGGAGACAGCGGCGUCUAUGUGUGUUCUGUGAUAUCAUCCCAAGAUCUUUCAGGAAAUGGUGAAGACUACACAGAGCUAAUUGUACUUGAGAGAAAGUCAAAUACUACUGACCUCCUGCCUGGCAUUGACUUACUGAUUAUGGAAGACUGGCUUCUGGUUGUCCUUGUGGUAUUGGGCUUCCUGUUGCUGCUGCUCCUGAUUGGGAUCUGCUGGUGCCAGUGUUGUCCACAUACAUGCUGCUGCUAUGUCAGUUGUCCCUGCUGCCCUGACCGCUGCUGCUGUCCACGAGCCUUGUAUGAGGCAGGAAAAGCGGUGAAGAAAGGCGUGGUCAGUCAAUAUGCUCCCACACUCUAUGCUCCGAGUAUGUAUGCUCAACCUGCAUACAGUGGCCCCCUAAUUAACCAGCCUGCUAUGCCCCUGCUUCCUCUACCCAAUGGAGCUGGACCCCCACCUCCUCAGAAUGGUUAUGGUCGUGACUAUGAUGGUGCCAGCUCAGUGGGACAGGGUUCCCAGGUGCCUUUGCUGCAUGAACAUGAUGGUGGAGGCGAACACACUCGGAGUGGUUAUCGUAUCCAGGUAGACCCUGAUGGCAAUGCAACACGGGCCAUCUACUAUAUGGAGAAGGAGCUGGCCAAAUUAGACCCAUCCAGACCUGCAAACUACAACCGCCUGGACAACAUGAGUGAAGUCACUUCCCUGCAUGAUAGCUUGGAGCCUCGAGGCCGUGGAGGACGUUCCCAGCCACCACCUCUGGCCACAGUCUAUGACCGGGAUGAAGCCAUGAGCACCAUCAGCAGUGUUUCCCAGCAGGGCCACCGGCGUGAUGACUACCCACGUCGUGGUGGAGGGUACAUGGGGGAUCGCAUGCGCGCCCGCUCCAUGGACAACCUUGACGACAUUGGACGGCGAUACCCCCGAGACAACUACCCACCACAUCGACGCCCAGAUGAGCCUAGAGGCAGGAGAGGCUCGGAUGAUGAGUGGAGCAGCAGCGCUCGUAGCGGCUAUGAUCGUGACUAUGACGACCGCAGACGUCGUGACUACUCACCUGAUCGUCGGAGAGGAGAGGGAGGUGGCUACGGUGGCCUCGCAGGACGUCGCAGCCGCAGUCGUGAUGAUCUAAUGGAUCUGGAGAGGGAUCGCCGGCAGGGCGGCGGUGCCAGGGGUGGCCGAGAUGAUUACGAUGACAGUUUCCUGCGAGAAGCCAUGGAGAGGAAGAAGAUGAGCGAGCAGCAGAGGGCACGCAGUCGAGAGCGACUGGACAGCGAGAGCGACCGCUCCGACCGGGGGAGGGCGCCACGUGGGCCCCCGCCUCUCCCUGUGAGCCCCCCAUCAGGAUACCCUGGUCGCCGUGAUGACUACCCACCUCCUCCACCACCACCGUACAGUGAAGAUGAAAGUGUGUCAUCUUCUAAGAAAAGCAACCUCCGCAAGAAUGGAGCAGUGAGUCGGGAGAGCCUGGUCGUGUAAAACAAACAGUGUGAGCUACCAAGUUCAAUAAUGAUGCAGGUUUGAUCUAUCUUAAAAACACCAGCUGAUUUAUAAGACUGUAAAUAUUAGUCACACUGCUUAUUUGCUGUGCUGAUUUGAUCAAUUUCAUAGUAAAUGUUAAACUUGUCAUAAACUGAUGCUGAAUGUGAUUGUAUCCUUUUUAACAGGGAAAAGGUGCACAGAUAAAACAUCAUGUGCCUUUUCAUGUGUAAAAUAUUGUGGCUGCCACAAGUGCCUUAGAGUGUACAGAAUUUUACUUGUAGAUGUCAAAGUCAAGUUGAUAAUUCUCUGUAAAGGUGUUUACAUCUUGACAAGCUGACAUGUUCCAAUUAGCUUUAAUGUUUUUAACUGUUAUGCUGUUUCAUUUAACUGAAUACAGGAACUUGCAUACAUUUUAGGGAUCCUUGGACAUUUUUUUUUCUUUUUUUGUAUUUGUGAAAAAGUAAUUGUGUUUUUAUAAGAGAGUAUUUACAUUUAAUGGAAUUCAUUUUACCUUUGCUUUUCGUAAUGUUUGUGUGCUCACUGUAUUUAGAAAUCUGGUGAACAAAGUACUUAAAUAGAAUUUGCUUUGUACUACUCAAAUUUCAUUUUCUUUUUCUUAUCUUUUUUUAAACUGAAAUUUGCAGUUUUAACCUACAGUAUAUUGUACAGCUCACCAGCAAUAAACUCUGAAAAUACAAAUGUUCAUUAUUCUGUGAUGAAAUCUUAAAUUUUACAAUAAAGAUCUCCAUUGCCUGGC